CCGAACCACAACUCCCGGCGACCCCCGCGCUCCCGGGCGGCAAGAUGGUGGCGCGCAGGAAGAAGCGGCCGGCGCGGGAACGGGACGACCGUAUCCCGAGCCCACCGGGUUACGCAGCUAUUCCAAUCAAGUUCUCCGAAAAGCAGCAGGCUUCUCACUACCUCUAUGUGAGAGCACACGGCGUUCGACAAGGCACCAAGUCCACCUGGCCUCAGAAGAGGACUCUUUUUGUCCUCAAUGUGCCCCCAUACUGCACAGAGGAGAGCCUGUCCCGCCUCCUGUCCUCCUGUGGCCUCGUCCAGUCUGUAGAGUUGCAGGAGAAGCCGGACCUGGCCGAGAGCCCAAAGGAGUCAAAGUCGAAGUUUUUUCAUCCCAAGCCGGUUCCGGGGUUCCAGGUAGCCUAUGUGGUGUUCCAGAAGCCAAGUGGGGUGUCAGCGGCCUUGGCCCUGAAGGGCCCCCUGCUGGUGUCCACAGAGAGCCACCCUGUGAAGAGUGGCAUUCACAAGUGGAUCAGCGACUACGCAGACUCCAUUCCCGACCCUGAGGCCCUGAGGGUGGAAGUGGACACGUUCAUGGAGGCGUAUGACCAGAAGAUCGCUGAGGAAGAAGCUAAGGCCAAGGAGGAGGAGGGGGUCCCUGACAAGGAGGGCUGGGUGAAGGUGACCCGCCGGGGCCGACGGCCUGUGCUCCCCCGGACUGAAGCAGCCAGCCUGCGGGUGCUGGAGAGGGAGAGACGGAAGCGCGCCCGAAAGGAGCUGCUCAACUUCUAUGCCUGGCAGCACCGGGAGAGCAAGAUGGAGCAUCUAGCACAGCUGCGCAAGAAGUUCGAGGAGGACAAGCAGAGGAUCGAGCUGCUGCGGGCCCAGCGCAAAUUCCGACCCUACUGAGCCGCGAGAGCCGCAGUGGAUGGCUGGAGGUGCGGGGCCUGGAGGAACAUGAGGCCAGGCAGGGCCUGCAGCCGUCUCCGAGAGGCUGAGCUCUGGGAAACGGGCCCCAGGUUGAGGCCACCACGUCCAACAGCCCCAUGAGAGUCCACACAGGCCAGGAGUGAAGGGCCAGGCCACCCCUCGGGUCUUGGCCUUCAGCAGUCCUGGGGACCUGGGCGUGCCCAGAGGAGGACUUGCCCCUUCCGCCUCCUGCCUCCACACCCUCCUGUCAAGGACCCUGCAUGAAUCUGCUCUGUUCUCCCUUUUCUCUCAAUGGAAAAGCCCUUGAUGGUAACGAAACAGCCUCGAAAGCAGUGAGAA